GCGCCCACAUAUCGAUUGUCCUCUCUCUUGAAAAAAUACCUCUGCUUCUCCGUAGAGGCACAGGUCUGGAUACUGCUGCAGUCUGUCUUUAAGCAUCGGCUUACGAUGAGGCCAUUGAUUGUCUUUGCUCUGGCCGUGUUUGCCUGGGACGCUAGAACGUCCCCUGUCCUUGGAUUGGCACUUCAGAAUGAGGCGAACGAGGACCAAACAAUUCAUGAAGACCCUAAGGGAAUCUGCAAACGAGUCGGAUCCGCAUUAUGUGGAGACCUUGCAAAAUGCGUGGCUCUUCCCGCUAUAGACUCAUUUCAGUGCAGUAGCCCAAAAGGCGGAUUUUACGACGCUAACGAUAAAACAUGCAAACAUUGGCAGUCUUGCGGUCCGUUACCGUGCAAGAUUGGAUACUGCGAUGACGGAAACGGUUCAAAGAAGCGUCACUGCAAAUGCGGGGGGAUCCCGGGGCUAACAGAGUUCUGCAAAAUAAAUAAAGAGGCAAAAUUCAAGUGCCAAGAGUACGGUGCUACAGCUGUGCUGAAGGGAGAUGAAGUUUCGUGCGACUGUGGACCCGCCGAGAAGUUUAUCAACAAAAAAUGCGUUCCGGUGGCCUGCCUGAACUUCAAUAUGACGUGCGAGGAAUUGUGUCAGAAAAAGCUCCUAGACAAAGAUGACCGCUGCUGUCAAGGAUGGAACAUCGAAAACUGCUCGAAAACGCCAGACGAGACGCGCUACUGCAAACCUGGAUAUAUAUCAAGAAACGACUCAUGUGUUGAUGCGUGCACGGCAAAAGUCGCAGAUCCUCUUUGUCCUGAUGGCUGUAAGAGCUCAGCAACUGACCGCCCCUUCCAAUGUAUAUGUAAGAAGGGAUUCCAACUGGCGGAAGAUGGUAUAACCUGCACCGAGAGAAGAGUCUGCAAUGAAGAGGAAAAAAAGCGUUGUCGUAAGGACCAGAUCUGCGGUAUUGUAAAUGAGGAGGUCACAUGCAGUUGCAAGAGCCAUCAACAAGAGAAGGAUGGAGUUUGUACAAAUGAAUGUUUUGUCAAGAAAUGUUCCGACCCGUUCGCAAAUUGUGAGGUUUAUUUAGGAACGGAAAAAUGUUUUUGUGCAAGACCUCUUUUCCCCGCCGGAAAUAACACUUGCGGACUAGAAAAAUAUUCAUAUAUUCUGACUUUCCGUACCAAUGAUACGUCACCUUACACCGAUGAUUUCUGCGAAAGCAAAAAAGAAGACAUUCAGAAAGCGUUAAAGACACUUUUUGGAGCACAACUGGUGGAUGAUACCCUCUUAAGUUGCAAAGAGGACUUCGUUAUUCGUCUAGCAUUCUCACAAAAGCAAGAUCCGGCGGUCCUCAAGCGUAUAGAAACGUGCCAGUACCUCCGUGGCGACGUUUGUAUUUUCCCUCCAAGGCUCUACAUAAAGGAAGGAUCCGCCAAACUGGAAGAGGAAGAUUUGUGCACAGAAUUUUUCCAAAAACAGUUGAAUCAAUCAAACGGAAUGUAUGUGUGCCAGAAAGUUGGAGAUAACUAUUCGUUCAAGUGCAGAGACGGUUUAUUCAGUUAUAACGAGGUUACAUCGGGUCGAUUAACGCGCUGGUCCUGUGCAGAUAAGCGUGAAGAUAUACCGCCAGCAUCAUCAGAAUCACCAAAAUUGGUGACUGACAAGGAGCCUCAACCUGGAACAGAGGGGAAUGUAACGAAAAAUACUCCAGUCCCAGAUGUGACUGACAAGGAGCCUCAAACUGGAACAGAAGGGACUGUAACGAAAACUACUCCGGUCUCAGAUGAUUGUUGCUUGAUGCCCGUAGAUCCCUGCAGUCCAAGUCCAUGUGUGAAUGGGGGCGUUUGCAAGCCCGGCACAGGAAAAACAUUUACGUGCGAGUGCCCAAAAGGUUUUAAAGGAAACCUGUGCGAGGAGAAGAAUAGCGGUGUUUCAGUUCAAGCACCUGUGACUGCCAUUUUGGGAAUUGCAAUGAGUUUGCUUUUACUUCGGUAGUAAGCACUACGCUUCUGAAGGUGUGCAGUCGUGACAGUGAAAAGAGCAUGCAUCGGGAUGUAAUAAAGAUUUAUGUUUAUAACACUACGUUGAAUUGUAGUAAACUAUCUUACAACACGUU